AUAAGAGCUAUCCUUUUUAAUAAUGUUUGUUAGAACUAGUCUUGCCAAGUCAAUCUACCCAACUCGUUCCUAUUCAGUUUGGAACUGGUUCAGAGGCUGGGCUAGAGCUCCUCCAAUGCAACACUUAGUGUAUCCUCCCCCACAUUCUCAAUUCACGACUGGAAAUAGAAUAAUAGAUACUUGGAUCACCGAAACCAGUGAAUUGUACCCUUAUUUAGCGGUAAAGCAACCAUUAUUAUUAAAUUUUACUUAUGCUACUGAGAAAGACAACAAAAUAACCCAACAUCUUUUCGAUAUCUUGAGUCAACAGGAAAAAUAUCCUUUGAAAGAAGAUGUCUACUUGGUUAAUAUCUUGUGUGAUUCUCAAGGUGGUCGAGAAUUGAUGAUGGAAUAUUGUGUAGGUUCUCAUAUUCCUUGCCUUGUUGUGUUGAAGAAACAAUUGGUUGUGAAGACAUUCCCACUUGAUGAAGAAAAACAUGGUGAACAAGAUAUCAUUGAGAUGCUUAAGCAAAUUUAAUGCGAUAUCCGGUAAUUCCAUAUUCGGAAAUAGACUAAAAAAGAAAAAAAAAAUCGGAUGAAUAUUCCGACGAUGAAGUUGGUGCUAAUAAGCUGGGGAAAAGAAAGAAAUGGAGUUUGAUAUUAUUAUCAGAAGAGUCUAAAUAGUUUAUUUUUAUUUUGAUAGUAGUUCAUGCUUUGCAUUUGAUAUAAAGUUGCAUAAUUUAUGCCUAAUUACUAUGAAUAUUUUGUAAAAAUUUUAAAUUUGACAUAUGCUUUUAAUGAUGUUAGCAAGCUCGGUAUAGCCAAUGUAAAGUAUAAUUAAUCUUGUAUACCCAGAAAAGUACGGAUAUAAAAUGCUGUUGUAUUGAUGUUGGUUGGUAUAUUCGGUUCAAUCAUAGCUUACAAAUCGAUGAAAAAUUUUGCAAUCGUUUGGUGACAAACUCCACAGUUAUUUUUUUACAGGUUGGUGUUUUCUUUUUUACUAAUUAAUUACAUAAUAAAUUUACUAUUUGUCAGAUUAGUCAUGGUCAUGUGCCGAGGCUAUAAAUAGGAAUCAGUUCCCGUCAAUUAAUUUCUAAUUAAAUACAAGAACAUCUAUAACCUAUUCACAUUCAUUUAACAACGAUUUAAGGCAUAUUUAAGACGUGCUAGUGAUAUAAUUUGUCUUGUCAUACAUCACUUAUCACUUCAGUAAAAGACACCAAGAAAGAAAAAAAAAAAUCCUAAAUCCGGAACGUCAAUCGAAGGAAUACAAUAGAAAAAAGGGAAUCCUGCCGACAGUCUAUUUUUCAAAAUUUUACCCAGAUUGCCUCUUUAUCAAACAUACUUGAUUUAGCUUUCAAUAUAACAAUCAUCAUGCCUAUACAUUCCGAGAACAUUCAGCAUCCACAACCAUCCAGUCAAAUUACGUCAUCUUCAAUACCCGAUGUCCAUCAAAUCCCGCUUGUGACUCCCAAACCCUCAACGGCCAAUGUCCCCACUAUUACAGCUCCUAAACCAGCUACCCCUGAUUUGUCACCAGAGGAAAGAGAGGCAAUAAAGCAACUGAUGAAUCUUCCUGAUACGUUACCUAUUGUGAAUUGUCUUGCCCGUGCCCGUAUUCCCACCACCCAAGGUCCUGAGAUUUUCUUGCAUUUAUACGAAAACAACAUUGAUAAUAAAGAACAUUUAGCUAUUGUCUUUGGAGAAAACAUUCGAUCUCGAUCGUUAUUUAAGCAACGUAAGGGUGAAACUCAACAGGAUAGAAUGACCAGAGGAGCAUAUGUCGGUAGAUUGACCCCAGGUAGAACCAUUGCUGAUCGUGAUGAGAUUUUAAACAAGGAAUUACAUUUUAAUGAAGAUGGAACUUUGAUAAUUGACGAAAAAACUUAUAGUGAUCCUACUUUGGUGCGUAUUCAUAGCGAGUGUUAUACCGGAGAAACUGCAUGGAGUGCUCGUUGUGAUUGUGGAGAACAAUUUGACGAAGCAGGAAGAAUAAUGGGUGGAGACGGCCAUGGAUGUAUUGUAUACUUGCGUCAAGAGGGUAGAGGUAUUGGAUUGGGUGAGAAAUUGAAGGCCUAUAAUUUACAAGAUUUAGGUGCUGAUACCGUUCAAGCCAAUAUAAUGUUGAGACAUCCUGCUGACGCCAGAGAUUUCUCGUUGGCCACUGCAAUCUUAUUAGAUUUAGGAUUAGUGGAGAUUAAAUUAUUGACAAACAAUAGAGAAAAGAUUGUCGCAGUUGAAGGAAAACACCGCCGUGUUAAGGUUUUGGAAAGACUUCCUAUGAUUCCUUUAAGUUGGCAACAAAAGGAAAAUGGAAUCCAUAGUAAGGAAAUUGAAGGAUAUUUAAGUACAAAGAUUGAACGAAUGGGUCAUUUAUUGGAGAAGCCAAUUAAAAUCAAUUAAUAUAUGUAUAUAAAAGAAUAAUACCAGUUAG